AUGGAGGCCUUGGGCUCUGAUGUCACGCGACCCCAGUACCGGGUCUACAAACGACGCUUCUGGGGUCUAGCGCAGCUGGUGCUGCUGAAUAUCGUCGUCAGCUGGGAUUGGCUGACCUUCUCGUCAAUCUCCACGACCGCCGCCGACUACUUCCAGGUAUCGGAGAGCGCUAUCAAUUGGAUGAGCACCGGUUAUCUCUUCGCAUUCUGCAUCGUCAGCCCGUUCGUUAUCUGGGUCUUGAACAAAGGCGGCCCCAGACCAGCCAUCAUCACCACCGCCACGCUCCUGCUCGUCGGAAAUUGGCUGCGCUAUGCCGGCACAAGAGCAAAUGGUGGGAUCUUUGGCCUCGCCAUGUUCGGCCAGAUCCUGAUCGGUCUGGCGCAACCGUUCUGUCUAUGCGCCCCAACGCGGUACAGCGAUCUCUGGUUCUCAGACAAAGGUCGCACGAGCGCAACAGCUGUCGCCAGUUUAGCGAACCCGCUUGGUGCAGCAAUAGGACAAUUGGUGGAUUCGGAGUGGGUAACGAAGCCCUCAGAUAUUCCCAAUAUGGUCCUAUAUAUCUCUAUCAUUUCGAGCGUUGCAUCUAUUCCAUCAUUCUUUAUCCCCGCUGCGCCUCCCACUCCCCCCAGCGCCUCAUCGGCCAUCCCACGUACCCCAUUGAUACCUGCGACACAAAAGCUGCUCGGGACCGUGGAGUUCUGGUUAAUUCUAGUCCCCUUCGCUGUAUACGUGGGGUUCUUCAACAGUGUCUCGUCGCUCUUGAACCAAAUUCUUAGCCCAUAUGGUGCAUCCGAAACAGAAGCAGGAAUCGCCGGCGCAAUUCUGAUUGUAGUCGGCUUGAUCACUGCAGCCAUCAUGUCACCCAUCACUGAUAGAUACAAGCACUAUCUGGGAUCGAUCCGCGUGCUCGUGCCGAUCGUGGUGGCGUCGUAUAUUGGGUUGAUCUUUGCGCCGGGCAGUCCUGCGGGAAUCGGUCCCUCCUAUGUUGUGAUGGCGUUGAUGGGUGCUUCCUCCUUCGCAUUGCUUCCCAUCGUGCUGGAGUAUUUGGUUGAGAUCACGUAUCCGUUUUCCCCGGAAAUUGGAAGUACCAUUUGCUGGACAGGUGGACAGCUGCUCGGCGCAUGCUUCAUUCUCAUUCAGGAUGCGCUCAAGGCGGGGGAUAACGCAAGCCCUCCGUUCAACAUGCGCAAUGCUUUGAUAUUUGCAGCUGUAGUUGCGGCAGCGGCGGCUCCUUUCCCUCUGUCGCUUAGUCUCUUCGGUAGAGUGGUGAAGCGACGGCGUCUGGAGAUUGAUCGUGGGGUUGAGCUUUCUCCCUCGAACUCUGCAGAACAAGCCAGGCCCGAUAGUAGCACCAAGGAUGAGAUCAAGUCUUCAUCGGCUUUGAAAGAAUCCACAAUCAAGGACGUCUGA